AUGUUGGGUGUCGGGAGGGAACGGGAGCUCAAGGAGGCAGUAUCGACCGUGCGAGGAUGCGUGGAAGAUAUCGUGCGGUCAAGACGGGACGGGAAGACGAGAGGUGGGAACGAUAUCCUGUCGAGAUUUGUCGGGUCGGGGCUCGGGGACAGGAUGGUGAGGGAUAUGAUGAUAAGUUUCGUGAUGGCGGGGAGGGACACGACCUCGUCCGCGGUGACGUGGCUGCUGUGGCUGCUGACGGGACACCGCGAAAUCGAGCGAAGGGUCGUGGAUGAGGUGAAGCUGAUAACGGGAGAAUAUAAUUACGAGAAACUGAAGAAGAUGAAAUACGUGAAGGCGUGCCUAAGCGAGUCGAUGAGGUUGUACCCGCCGGUGGCGUGGGACUCGAAGCACGCGGCGGAAAAGGAUGUGCUGCCGGACGGGACUCGGGUGGGGAAAGGGGAUCGAGUGACUUACUUCCCAUACGGGAUGGGGAGGAUGGAGAGGAUAUGGGGGGAGGAUCGAAUGGAGUUCAGGCCGGAGAGGUGGAUGGGAGGGAAAAACGUGAGCCCGUACGAGUACCCGGUUUUUCAGGCAGGGCCCAGGGUGUGCCUCGGGAAGGAGAUGGCGUAUGUGCAAAUGAAGUGUCUUGUGGCGGCUAUUCUCGGGAGGUUUGAGCUGGAGCCGGUUCGUAAGGAGGUGCCGGUUUUCGUUCCGCUGCUCACUGCGUGUAUGGCGGGAGGGUUUCCGGUAAGGGUUCGUCGGAGGGAGAUGUGA